AUAUCAUGAAAGACCUCUUGUUUUCGGACGUUAGUUCACGGUUUAACGUUAGCUCGCUGACAGUCUGAAGCUUCAGUUAUAGUCUGUCAUUGCUCUUGUGAACAGAAAGGUCCUAACAAAAUGUCACAGAUGGAUCUCCUCGUCACAAAUGUAGCUGAGCUCCUCACUGCUGCUGUACAGGAGGUGUUGCAGCUCAUGGGUCAGGCUAUGUUAGAGUAUCAGAGGGAGUCUGCCAGAACACGCCUGGAGAAUCAGAACCUCCAGCAGAAGUUAAAAGAACUCAAGGAGAGGACGGCUGGGGCUUCAGAUAAAGUCCUGAAAGUCUCUUUUCCCAGAGAUGAGCCUCAUUUAGGGGAAGAUCAUGUGCAGGAAGAUCUCGUUCAUCGAGGAGAUUCAGUAGUGAGUGAGGAGAUUCUGAGUGAAAAUCCUGUUCAUUUAAAGCUAGUUUUAGAUGAUAUUACUAUAGACAACCAACAUAAUUUUCUACAAGGGACCUGUGACUAUUCUCUGACGAAUCAAAGACCCCUCUCCAGGGUUAAGAGUAGCCCUCCGAGAAGAAUCCCCAACCCUUCAUCUGGCAGCAGAGAGACUCCAGCAACCAGCAACACUGAGACCCCAUUGGGUUUAAACAAAAUCAAGGUGGAAUCUAAAUCAGAGCUUCCGGAAUGUUCCGUCACGGAGGAGACAGACAAUGCGACAACACAAGCGCCUGUUGUUCCCAUGCAGGAUGCUCCUCUAGCAAAUGAACACGACCAGCAGCCUGUCUCCACCUUUUCUGACAGCAUUGUCCACUAUAACCAACCUUGUAAAUUACUAAAUUCUACUUCUAAACACAUUCUUAGGUCACGGGUAGAGAAUACGGUCCACACAGGGGAUGUUCACAGUGCCCCCUGCAUGAGUGAGAGCAGGGAGAUUCUGCACAGCUGCCACGUGUGCGGUAAGACGUUCGCGACGCCCUCCAGCCUCGGAGCUCACUUUGUAUGCCAUUCAAAUGAGAGACCUUUUGUUUGCAAGUGCUGUCAGUUCAGGUUCAGUCGUUUAGCCGAUCUGAAAAAGCAUGAGCGCAUUCAUACAGGAGAAAGGCCAUUUAACUGUUCUCUCUGUGGACGGCGAUUCAACCGAACAGAGAAUCUCAAAAGACACUUGAGGAAGGUUCAUUUUGGAGCAGCGCUGUGAGCUUUAAAUUCACAGCAUGUAUAUUUGCUGGCUGCAGUAUGAUAAGGGCCUUUAUACAGUUGUGGUCGGAAUGAUUUCCACCCCUGGUAAAUAUAAUCAAAGAUUGCUGUAAGAAUAAAUCUGCAUUGUUUAUCCUUUUGAUAUUUUGGGAAAAGGAUAUGCAAAAAUUAAACAAAAAUCCAACCUUUCAUUGAAGAAAAAUGGCUGAAAGUGGGGGGUAAAUCACAUUAU